AUGGCUGCUGUGGACAGCUUCCACUUGCUGUACAGGGAAAUUUCCCGAUCGUGCAGCUUUUAUGUGGAAACUCUGGCUGUGGUGGGCGCUUUAUACACGGCCAGCAAGGCUGUCAUCCUGCUGAAGGACUGCUGCGAGAUGGUCAGGUUGCAUUUCCUGCCUAGGAUAAUUCCCAGCAGGAAGUUGAGGCAAAGAUAUGGAGACUGGGCUGUUGUUUAUGGUGCAUCAGAACCUGUGGCGCAAGCCUACGCCGAGGAACUGGCCCGUCAAGGCCUCAGCAUCAUUUUCGUCACCAAGCACCGCUCGGCCAUUAGCGACUUUGCCGCUAAUCUCACCCAGAGCUACGGCGUGGAAACUAUUUUGGUCCACGUCGACUCAAACUGGGACGAGGCGGCCGGUAAGCCCGUCAGAGACGCCCUAAGGGGAAAAGACGUGGGUUUUCUGGUGAACUGCGUGGAUGAGGCGUGCUCGGCAUCCAGGGAACUGCUGGAGACGUCCGAGCAAAGGUUGAUGGAGGUGAUGGCUGAUAACGUGGCCGGCGUCACAUUGCUGACCCGAUUGGUGCUGCCGGGCAUGCUGGAGCGCGGGCGAGGGGCCGUGGUUAACAUCUCGUCCAGUGCGUGCUGUCGGCCAAUGCCUGGGAAAGUGACGCUAACCGCUGCUACUGGAUACUUGGAUCAUUUCUCGAGAGCUCUCCACCUUGAGUACGGUGCAAAGGGAGUCUUUGUACAAAGUCUGCUGCCAUUCCAGAUCGCCUCCAGUAAUCAUCUCCCUGCAUCAUCCACCGAAGGCUGGUUUGCGCCCACGCCGCAGGUGUACGCGCACCAUGCCAUCUCCACCCUGGGCGUGUCCAACCGGACCACCGGCUACUGGCCGCACACGCUGCAGUACGGACUGAUGAAGUGCAUCCCGGAGUGGAUUUGGAUUCUGGGCUGUCGAGUGUUCAUCAGUUAA